UUCACUCUCAACUCUCUCUCUCUCUCUCUGGGUCUGUCUCUCUCCAUCUGCAUCUUCCAUCUUCCAUCAAUGUCGAAGCCACUGUAAGUUGCUGAGCAAGUUGUUGCAGCUCUUCGUUGUUGACAAAUUCACGAAGGAUUGGCCGAGUCUGCACAUCUACCUGCUAGGUUUUUCUAUUGCACAGGAGAACCCUUGUUUGAUCUAUUCCAAGUCCUCUCUUUGGUCAAGUAUCCCCUUUCCCUCCUCUCUCUAUAUUGAGGUAUUGUGGGUUUGAAAUUUUUUACGCUUUUGUUUUCAAGUGGCUUGAAUUGGAGCUUCUUCAUUUGGUUUCUUCAUUAGUGUUUUUCUUCAAGGUAAGUUUCUUCUGCGUUUUCUACUUUUCUCUAGUAUCUUGCUAAUUUUCACUUCCAUAUAUGUAGUAUCUUUCUCUCGAGUUUGUUUGUUUGCUGGAUCUGGUAGCUUCAAUGCAUUUUCAAGUUUAAAAAUCUCUUCUUUUUCUCUUAUGCACAGCUUAUUUAUGUAACUUCGUUAUAUGUGAUUAUUAAGCUGAAUUGAUUCUGAUAUUCUUUCGUUGAGCUUGAACACCGAUUUGAUUGCAUUUUGAUACACACAAGCACGCAUGUAUGAUUGUGUUCAAUUUGCUAAACUUUUUGAGUGGGAACUUUUGCAUUGUUACAUUAUUAUUGAGCAAAACAUGAAUGAAUUUGAAAAUGAAACAGUUUAAACUGUCAGGUUAGUACACAUGACUAUAAUGUAAUUUGAGAUACUAUACAGGAUCCUUCCUGCUUUAGUGUGUGGAGUUUUUUGUUGUUCAUGAUGCCAUUUAGUAGGUUAUUAACAUUAUGGUGGUUUGUCAACUUAGGCAAGACCAUUUUCUCGAUGUUUUCUAUAUUUCUGCUCUGUUACUGUUAGGUAUUUGGCAUCUCUACUCUACAAAUAUUUUCUUCACAUGAAUUGGACUAUUUGUUUUGCUGCCAUAGAGAGUCGUGGGAGGUGAAUUUUAUUCGUAUAAGUGUCAGUUAUAAGUUUCAUAUUGUACAAGUAAGACACAUAGAAUGGUGCAGAUACUCAUGAAUGAAAUACACUAUGUAAAUCAUGGCUACUGAGGCUGUUCAGCUCACAGCUAAAGCCCAUUACUCUGGCAAAUCAAAGGAGGAAGUCACUACAGUCAACGUUCCGAGGAUAUUUGUCAAUAAGUGUCGAACACGGACACACUACCCUUUUUGAAGUGGCUGUUUUCUUAGGAAGGAUUACUGCUCUUUUUCAGAUCGCUUACAUAUAUACAAGAAAACGUUGGAUGAUCAUAAAAUAUCUGAUGCCAGUGAAGCUUUCAAUAGGCAUCCUACCUGAGUUUUCACUCUUGGAGAAGUAUAACCUGCUUGAGAUUCAGUACUGCCCAGAAAUUAGACAAACUUGGAAAGUUGACCCUAAGAGGGCAGUGAGUAUCACUCCAUCAACAGCACAUCAACUGAUUCAGGGCAACAAAAGAAAUGAUACAAUCUGCAUUGCACUUGCUGAUGACACUUGUGAUCAACCAAAGAUUAGGAUGAAUAAUGUUGUUAUUACUCCAUCAUUCAAGCAUAGCUAAAUGAGUUGGAGUUUGGAAAUUUCCAUCAUUCUUUAGGCUUUUGGAGUCCAUGUCAUAUGUUGAAAUGGCAUCCACAUCUGAAAUCAAGGUUUCUGUUGCCUUGAUGAUAAAUCUGAACUUCCCAUAACACUGGUACUGACCGUUCUACUCUGUUAUUAUUGAUGCUAAAUCUGGAUUUCUCAUAACACUUGAAUUUCCUCCUAACUGUACUCAGCAGAAUAUUGAAAGUUAGUUAAUGUUGUUUUUUUGGAGUAUUUACUUUUUUUGCAUGUUAGAUAUUGGGAUUGUUCACUUGCAGGAUGCUAAUUAAUCUACUUUGGAUUUACAGAUUUUAUUGCAUUGUGCAUAAUGCUCGAGCUAAAUUUGGCAAUUUUAAGUAGAAACACUCUAAUUGGUAUCACAGUUUUGAGACUAAGCAUUUUAUUACUAACAUUUUAAUAUUGUAAUUUUUUUCAUAUGUUUGACAGAUUGGCGAUGGAUGGAACAUAAUUCGGGAAACAUCAAAGGAUUAUAUUUUGAAUUUUUGAAUAUAUUUUAUUGUAGGAUUUUGUUAUGAAUUUGCAAGUUUGGAAGUUUUUUUGAAAUUCAUUGUGACAUGUUUGAAGUUUCGGAUUGUAAGGGAUUUGUACUUAUGCUGGAUGUUUUGAAUAUGAUAUUUUAGUUAUGUUUAAUAUGC